ACAAAAUCCAACACCAUAGCUGUUAUCACGAUACGAUGCAAAAACAUAACCAUCAUAAUCUUCGUGUACGACGUAUGUACAUAGUUUACUUUAAUCUUUUCAAAUCAAUAUUUUAAUAAUACAUCGAAAAUGGAACAGUGGGUAUCCGAAAAUCUGUCACGAUUGCUGGACUUUCCUGUUCCAGAGGAUUUAACAAAAUAUGUUAUGCAAAUAGAAAAUGAAAGAGACAUAAAGACGUAUUUAGGGGAGAUAGUGGGAGAUAGCACCUCAAAGCAUACAGAAUUUAUUACAGAAUUUAUAAGACGUCGAGCAUUGAAUAAGGAUCAAGAUGUAUACAAGAAAAGCAAUGAUACAGAUAAUAGAAAUAAAAAACAGAAGAAAAACAAAAUGAAAGGAAAAGAAAAGCAAGAGAACAGACAGCUACAAGAAAAUUUGAAGGUAGAAAAAGUUGAGAAAAAGAAAACAAAAUUUGUUAAUUUAUAUUCACAAGAAGGCAAAGAUAGAGCUGCAGUUUUAUUACCAGGUAGAUAUAAAUGCAACUGUGAAGGAAAGAAGCAUUUAUUGAUUAAUAACUGCCUUAACUGUGGAAGAGUAGUUUGCUUCCAAGAAGGAGCUGGCUCAUGCUUUUUCUGUGGAGAACUUGUAUGUUCUCCCAAAGAUCAAACAAUUCUUUCUAGCAACACUAAACAAGCUGAUCAUUUAUAUAAUAAGUUAAUGAAUCAAAAACCUGUUAAAGGUUUUGAAGAAUCGCUUAAACAAAGAGACAAACUUCUUGAAUAUGAUCGCAAUGGCACACAAUGUACAAAAGUUAUUGAUGACGAGUGUGACUAUUAUCAGACAAAUAGCAUCUGGUUAACAACUAAGCAAAGAGAAAAGUUACAACAACUAGAGAAAGACAUAAGUGCUAAGAAGCAUGCAUCGCGUUUAAAUCAAAAAGUGAAUGUAACCUUUGAUUUCACGGGUAGAGAAGUCAUUGAAGAGAAUCCAGAUGAUGACUUCAAUGAGUUCAAUGAAGACCAGUUUCAAACCAUUUCUGAAAUAAUGUCAUCUGGUGAACUUGAAAAGUCCAAUGUCUGUCCAGAUGUAGAAUUGAUUCGCCCAAUGUAUACUGAAUCAGAUGAAUAUGAACCACAUAGUAUGAAAAAAAUCAUUCCCAAUAAAAUGAGAAAUAUUGUUCAAGACAAAGAAUUUUUAGAAAUGUCUGAUCCAGGUUUAUGUUUGAGCAUGCAUCAACCUUAUGCAUCUUUAUUAGUUGCUGGGAUAAAAACACACGAAGGCCGGACAUGGUACACAUCACACAGAGGAAGAUUAUGGAUUGCUGCAACAACUAAGUCACCAAGCAUGGAAGAAAUUUCGAAAAUGGAAUAUUUCUAUCGCGUUUUAAAAGAUGAAAAAAUCAACUUUCCUCAGAAUUAUCCAACUAGGUGUUUAUUAGGUUGCGUAACAGUUACUGAUGUUUUACCUCAAGAAGAAUAUAGAAAAAUUUAUCCAAAUGGAGAAAGUGACAGUCCCUACGUUUUUAUAUGUGAAAAUUAUUAUUCAUUACCAAUUAAGUUCCCAAUACAGGGAAAGCAUAAAAUUUAUAAAUUGGAACCAAAAAUUCAUCAAGCUGCCCUUAAGUUUUUAGGAAAAGUUACAAGUACAAAUAAUUAAAUAAAAUUACUUUAAACACUUCAAGUAUCCAUUGUAACAUUGAUUAUAAUAUUAAUAUUAUGAACCUUGAACCCUGAAAAUUCUUUCUAAAUUACAAGAAUAAAUAUUAGUUUUUCAUAAUGUA